AUGUCGAUGAAAUAUGAAGAUCUCCAGUCCUUGGAGAGUGAGAAGAAAAGCCAGGGUUCUAGAAAUGGGCUGCCUCCUCUCCCAGCCUUCCUGCAGCAUCUCUGCUCUGGACCCUGCCCCCUUCUGCUCACUCUGGGCCUCAUCCUUCUCCUGAUGAUUGGCAUCAUUGUCAUUGGAUCCAAAAGUGCCAGGAUUCAGAGUGAUGUGGAGACCCUGAGAACAACUUUCAGCAACUUCACUUCCAACACGGAGGCUGAGGUCCAGGCACUGCACUCCCAGGGUGGCAGUUUGCAAGCAACAAUAACAUCUCUGAAAGCUAUGGUGGAAAACCAGGAGCAGGAACUGCAGGCAGGCUAUUCUGAAAUGCUCCUGAGAGUCCAGCAGCUGGUCAGAGACCUGCACAGCCUGCACUGUCAGAUGGCUGCGCUCCAGAGCAAUGACUCUCACAAUGCCUGCUGCCCCGUUGGCUGGCUGGAGUAUGAAGGCAGCUGCUACUGGUUCUCCAGCUCUGGGAAGCCUUGGCCCGAGGCUGAGAAGUACUGCCAGCUGGAGAAUGCCCACCUGGUUGUCAUCAACUCCCGAGAGGAGCAGUUUUUCGUCCAGGCGCACAUAGGCUCCUCCUACACCUGGAUGGGCCUCAGCGAUCGUGAAGGAGCCUGGAAAUGGGUGGAUGGAACAGACUAUGAGACCAACUUCAAGAACUGGAAGCCAGGACAGCCAGACGACUGGCAGGGGCACGGGCUCGGUGGAGGUGAGGACUGUGCCCACUUCCACCCGGAUGGCAAAUGGAAUGACGACGUCUGCCAGAGGCUCUACCGCUGGACCUGUGAGGCCAGCAUUAGCAAGUCCAGAUAG